AUGAGUACCAACCGUCCACCAUUCAUCGCCAACUUCCUGGCCGCAUUUCGCGCCCAGUCGACCUACAAAGCCACCUCCCAAUCAACCGGCUCCUCCACUCUCUCCUCCACACAGAUCUCGCAAAAUGCUCGUACGAUAGCCACCAAGGCCGCCAGCCCCGGUGCGUCGGCGUCCGCACAAGCCGGGUCCUCAUCGGCAGCCUCUCACCACCAUGCCUCAUCUUCUUCCUCGGCCGCAGGACCCGGUCAACCACCAAGCUCAAGUUCAAACUCUGGGGCAAAUGCUAAUGCCCACCACUACCAUCACGACUCUUCUUCCAUGACCGCUUCUUCACCCCCGACCCCAUCCUCUUCAACGCCCAUCCCGAUCAACCACGGUCCAGAUCGUCGACGCCGCGGGAGUGACUCGUCCAGUGGAUCGGGUGGUUUCCGCGAUGCACUCGGCCCGGAAAAGUGGUACAUCGGUGGCCGGACGCCGGCGGGCGAAGAACGCUUUUACCGGCUUGGGAUGGUCACUAAGGGGGGUGGAAGACUGGGAGGUGGUGGAAGGGUCGGCAGUAUCGACCAGCUGAGCUUGUAA